AUGAAGGGCUUCAGACAAAGAGUGCAUGAGCAGUUGUCGAGGGCGAAGGACGCAAACAAAUCUUCCAAAAAGAAGGACUCCUCCCAUUCGAACUCGGCUCAGAAUCAAGCCCCCCUGGGCAUCCACCAUGGCCAACAAUCCUCCUCCCCCAACCAUGGCACCCCGACUUCGUCGACAACGUCCGUGAACGAUACCAGGGGAAAGUCUCCGGAUAAUGCGUCGCAGGCAGGGCCCUACCCCCCAGCGACUCCCACCAAACAAGGGCAGGUUGCCCCCAGUGUGAUUAUCAGCCCCAGUGCGCCGCAUGUCCCUCCUCCUGGUGCCGCCGAGACCAUGCCCGGCGAUCUGGCUCCCCCCAGAAAGUCCCACGUCUUCGAUCGCCUCCAGACAACGCCAAAAGAUAUGUCGGAAGGAAUCCGCACCCCGAAACGCCAGCACUCCUCCCGCUUUGAUAUCUCCGACCAGCGUCAGAGGGAACUGGAGAAGCUGCCGGGCUUCCACGAAGUGCCCCCCAAUCGUCGCCAAGAUCUCUUCAUGCAGAAGAUCGAUCAAUGCAACAUCAUCUUCGACUUCAACGAUCCCACCGCAGACAUGAAGUCCAAGGAAAUUAAGAGACUGGCGCUCCAUGAGCUCCUAGACUAUGUCGCCAAUAACCGCUCGGUCAUCACGGAACCCAUGUAUCCCCGCGUCGUGGAGAUGUUUGCCAAGAACCUGUUUCGACCGAUCCCACCGCCCGUCACACCUCAGGGCGAGGCCUUCGAUCCCGAGGAGGAUGAACCGGUCUUGGAAGUGGCCUGGCCCCAUAUCCAAGUCGUCUAUGAGUUCUUCUUGCGAUUCAUUGAGAGCCAGGAUUUCAACACCAAUAUCGCCAAGGCAUAUAUCGAUCAUCACUUCGUGCUACAGCUAUUGGAGUUGUUUGACUCGGAAGAUCCUCGGGAGCGUGAUUUUCUCAAGACCACGUUGCACCGCAUUUACGGAAAAUUCCUGAAUCUGCGGUCGUACAUACGCCGAUCCAUCAAUAAUGUCUUCUUCCAGUUCACCUAUGAGACCGAGCGAUUCAACGGUAUUGCGGAAUUACUUGAGAUCUUGGGUUCGAUCAUCAACGGUUUCGCCCUGCCCCUCAAGGAGGAACACAAGCUCUUCUUGACCCGCGUCUUGCUUCCUCUGCACAAGGUCAAGAGUCUCAGCAUGUAUCAUCCCCAACUGGCCUAUUGCAUCGUUCAAUUUCUUGAAAAGGACGCCUCCUUAACAGAAGAGGUUGUUCUUGGCUUGUUGCGCUACUGGCCCAAGGUGAACAGCACCAAGGAGGUCAUGUUCCUCAACGAGGUGGAAGAUAUCUUCGAAGUGAUGGACCCACAAGAGUUCGCCAAAGUGCAAGAACCGUUGUUCCAACAGCUGGCCAAGUCUGUCGCCAGCCCACACUUUCAGGUUGCCGAACGUGCCCUCUAUUUCUGGAACAAUGAAUAUUUCUGCAACCUGGUCAGCGACAAUGUCGAGACCAUUCUGCCGAUCAUGUUCCCACCGUUGUUCGAGAAUUCCAAGGGCCAUUGGAACCGCACCAUCCAUAGCAUGGUCUAUAAUGCCAUGAAAAUGUUCAUGGAAAUUAACCCCCAGCUCUUUGACGAAUGCUCUCAUGAAUAUAAUGAACGGCAGAACACCGCCGAACAGCGUGAGCAGGCCCGCAAAGACCGUUGGGAAAAGCUGGCAGAACAGGCCAAAGAACGCAAGAAUGGCGUUCCGCCACCGCCCGCUCCCGCGGUUGAUGUGCCGCUGCAAAUCGACGAGGUGGACUCGAUCACCCAGGACAGCCAGAAACGCCUGCAUGCGUUGAAACUCGACGAGACUGGAUCGUCCAAGGAGCGAAGGGGUUCGACGGUAAGUUCUACCGCUUGA